CUGACUUUUAUAGCUGGGACACAUUGUAGCAAACCAUCAGGGUGGAUUUAUGCUCCUGAUGUGCAGAGGAUAGCCUUUACAGCAAGUGUUCUGCUGUCAAGAUAUUAGAUCUGUGUGAGUUUUCAGCCCCUGGAUGGUGAUAUGUUUUAGUUCACUGACAGUAAGCAGAGAUGUUGUCAAUGUGGGUGAAAUUGAUGGGGGAUGUCUUUAAAGAGCUGUAAAUGCAGAGUUGCCCUUUAAUAAAUCAGCCUUCUCUCCCCUGUAGGGGUGAUGGCGUUCCGGCGGGAGCUGCGGGCUCUGGGGUACAUCGAGCGCGGGGACGUUCUGCGGCUGAAGUCUUACAUCAGGAAACAUCGCCACCUACGUCUGGAUCACGUCUUACCAGGAGGGCGGAGCCUUCUCCAUGCUGCCUGCGCGCUGCGCGACGACGCCUGCGCUCUGCUGCUGCUUCGGAAAGGAGCCGACCCCAUGCAGCGGGAUGCUUCCGGUAACAACGCUCUGCACGUGGCAGCCCGGGAGGUGGAGAAAGGAGGAUGGAAAGUGUACACGGACCUGGUUGUGCCGAUACUCAAGCGCUGCCCGCAGUCCAUCGAUGUGGCAGAUCAUCAGGGGACGACACCGCGAGACAUCCUGAGACGGGCCGAAGACCUCAUGGAGAGGAACUCCAGGCGGAGCGCAUCUCCAGACGUCUCCUCGCAGCAGUCUUCAGAGUGGAGAGAAAAACUCUUAGCAGAGAGCAUGGAUGAGUAUCAAGAAUUGUAUGGACAGUAUGAGGAGGAUUAUCCAGAAGAGGUGCCCGAGGUGGAGACCUUCGAGUCCUGGGCCGAUCGAAUCUACAGAGAAUAUCAAGCAAGGAAGAUCCCGUCUGAGCCUCCUGGUGCAAAGGGCAAGAGAGUCUCCGUGCAGAAAUCGUCCAGCGCUGCGGGAGAGAAGACGUACUUACAGAGGCAACGACAGAAGGAGAAGGAACUCAGGGGGGCGCAGAGUGUGCGCUACCAGAAGAGAUGUGAGGAGGUGUUUGGAAGAACAGGCUCAUCAGCCAAGACUGAAGAGGAACUGGUCAAGAACCCUACUGCAAGAGACUGUGAAGGCAGCGGUCCCACUGAGAUCAGGACUGGUCUCGGUACAUUGGGGUACAGCGACAUCCCAUGGCCGCUGCCAGGAGGGACCGCCGAACAGAUGGCACAGACCAUUGCUGCUGGUGGCGACCCCUCAGAUGCAGGGUCAUAUAAACGCUACCUGCGGGCGCAGAGGGUGACGUGGCAUCCUGACCGCUUUAUGCAGAGAUGUGGCUCUCGUCUGCUGGCCAAGGACAGAGAACGUGUGCUGCGAACAGUUACAGCGCUGUCACAAGAACUGAACAGACUAGCAGAGCUGACAAAGUGAUGGGAAGAUGACAAGUAUAUGGUCACAGGUGUAUAUGUCAUGGCAGAUGUAACAAGACAGUAGAUUCCAAUAAUCCGACUUCCUUGGUAUUGCCAGAGGUGCUGGUCUACUGACGACACACAGGCCUUUAGCCCCCCGUUGUUUGCCGGAAGGCCGGUGAGUUGGCAAUGUUUCCAUGUAUAACUCCUAGUUACUGAUAAUCCAACACAGGACUGUUUCGGUCACAUGCCGGAUUAUCAGGAUAUCCAGACCAGAUAAUAUAUGUUACCCCCAGUAAGCCCAAAACUUACCCACCGUGUGAUGUAAGAUUGCCGCAUUCAAAGGGGACGCAAACCUUUACUGCAAACACGAGGUGCAGAAGCAUUUCUCGGAGCUCUCUGCACCUUCAGCUCUGCUCUUCCUGCAUGCGGAGUACAGAUCUAUAAAAAGUAUACAGGAUCUUUUCAUACUGGAAAAGCAGAGCUAAGGCUCCAUUCACACGUCCGCAACGUGUUUUGCGGAUACACUGAGCCGUGGAUCCGCAAAACACGGAAAGCGUCAAUGUGCGUUCCGCAUUUUGCGGACCGCACAUUGCGGGCACUAAU